AAAUGGUUCAACUUUGUUCUCGAAAGUCCGUAACCUUUACUUUUUAAUCGGAUAAAUAUUUCAGGGGAAAAUUUCCAUCACACAACGACAACAACAUGGAAGAUGGCGGCAAAUGCGACAUCGAUGGAUACAACUGAUGCAUUGAAGGAGAUGCCAGAAGGCCCAUUGACAGGAUCAGAACCUGAAAAACCUGCUGAACACAGUUCAGAAGGGGUCACAGCCUCUGCCCUGGAGACGGAACAGGGGAAAUCUCAGACUGGCUCCUCUACUACCUCAGAAAAUGACAGGUCUACCAAGGUCGGAAGUGGGCAGGACAAGGGGAAAACAGCCGUUAGUGAACCAUCGGCUCUCAAAAAAGUCCCCAAUAGACCUGGUAUCACAUGGCAGGUUGGAGAACGUAUCGAGGCCAUGGAUUACCUCUCAAAGUGGUACCCUGCCAAAAUGCUGGAGGUGGACCUGAGUGAUCAGACUGUGCUGAUCCACUUUGAAGGCUGGAACCAGCGCUAUGAUGAGUGGGUGGCCAUGCACAGUGACAAACUACGUCCCUUGACCAGAACAUCGGAUCGCAAAAAGAACAAAUCAAAAUCUUCUGGUCUGCACAGAAUUGGUGAUAAAGUUCUAGCCCGCUGGACAGAUGGCAAGAUGUACCCGGGCAAAGUCACGAGUGUAAAGUCCAAAGCAGAAUUUUACGAGAUCAUGUUCUACGAUGGACACAAGAAACUGAUCCCUGCUUCUAAUGUGAAGAUCAUGUCACAAGAGAUGAAAAAUAAGAACUUUGAGGCUCCACCCAGAACCAAUGAGAUACCUGCGACCAGUGACCCGCUCAGUCCAGUCAUAACUGAGGGCAAACGAAUACGAAAGUUGUCCCUGAUACAAAGAGAAAAUUUGAGAGACAGUUUAGAGCUGGCACAAAGCAAAGCAGAAAGUAAGAGAUGUGACAAGAAGAAAAAGGACAAAGCUAAACCUGAUGACAAAGCAGAAAAAGGGAAGCAAGAUGCCAAAAGUGCAACAGAAACCUCUGGAAAAAGGGGUGAGGGUGGGAGCAAAGAUGAUGCAGGUGUAACAGCCAGUGCUGAGGAGAGUGGUAAACAGAAGACUGGUGGGAGAGUGAGACAAGAGGACAAGGCUAGCACAGGUGGGAGGAAGGCUGCAAAGAUAGAGAUGAAAAGAAGAAGCAGCUCUAAAGAUGGAGACUCCAAGAAAUCAGAGAGAAGUCAGAAGCCAGCUCUGCGGAAGGGCGGCAAACUGAUAGUGGCUGGUGCAUUCUCUAGGUUCAAGACAGGUCACUCCCCUCCCAUAGGAAAAAAGACCAGUUUGGAUUCAGGUGGAAAUAAGGGAAGUUCGGGUAAUGUCCACAGGAGUAAAGGUUGUCAGACACCUGUCACUCCUACAGAUGAGCAGAAGCCACAGAGUUCAGAGAAAGAUUCAGUGAAAGCUGGAAAGUCUUCAAUUUUUAUGGAAGCAUUUCAGAAGUUUACCUCUGGGGGAAGCCAGAAAACUCACAAGUCCAACCUUGCUUACAAGAAGUCUGUGUCUGAUUCAGGGCGUAGGAAGACGAACCAGGCUAGCCCCUCACGGAGGAGAUCAGCACCGGUUAGGUCUCGCAAACCUAUUAACAGGAGCCCAAGAAAGCCUGUGCGCAGGCCAGUCAUCAAGAAAGCGGCUGCAGUAAACCCACGAAGUCGCAAGUCUGCUCCUGCUGUGUCAGGCCAGCCUCAAGCCCCUGGUACAGAUCUGACAGGUAGGACAGAGAUUGUAAGCAUGCCAGGUAUUGUGGGUGCUGGGGGGCUGGGAAUUGGCCCACAUGGAGAUUGUCCCCUGUCCAGCAGUAGUCCUAGCCUGGCCUCUUCACUUCCUGUAGACUGCCCCAGCCCAGCCGCCAGUCCUGCCUCCCCAUGCUGGACGGCUUCACCUCGCUGGACUGCCUCACCCUGUCUGACUCCUGCUUCCCUCGCUUCGUCUACUCCACUAGCUAGACUCAAAGCAGGAAAGCAGGGUACAAGGAGUGCCUCUCCCAAAACGCUCACUAGUCAGCCCCUGCCUGAAACACCCAUCACUGAAGUGUUGCCAUUGUCAGCCCCCAAGGAGUUUGUUGUUGAGGAAGACCACAACCCUUACAAGUGUACAUACGAGGCCUGCUCAAAGAGCUUCAGGAAGCAGAAUCUCCUGGAUUAUCAUGUCAAGUAUUACCAUUCCAAUAACGGCAAGCCCCCUGCACCCCUGCCCCCACGCAAACGCAGGAAAACAUCCAGUAUAUGCUCCACAGACUCGGACUCCUCAGUUUCUUUCACUCCCAGCACUAAGCCCAUCCCUACACCAACAGUGCCCAGCAAACGUCGGCGUCACUCUUCAUCUAUAAGUCUGCCAGCAGAGGGUGCUACUCUCCCGUCUCUCCCGGGUGUGGCUGAGGAAGUCAUGACUACAGGUGGAGACGCUGACCGAUUGUCACAGUCCUUAGGGGAGGGACGAGCCAGGCUUUCAUCCAAUCAGGAAGUGGGUGAAGAAGUGAUUGAUGGGGAGGAAGGGAAUCGUGAGGAGGUGGUAAAUUGUCACUGUGGACAAAAUGAGGAGAAUGGUCUCAUGAUACAGUGUGAGGUGUGUUUCUGCUGGCAGCAUGCGGCCUGUUUCAACAUCACCCCUCAGACUUUACCUCAGCGUUAUGUCUGCUACGUCUGUCUUGAUCCACCAGGUGUACGAGAGAGCAGUCGUUAUGUGUACAACCACGAGGACUGGGUGCGGCAUGGCUAUCUGCCCGAGUUUAAAUUCUGCCCUGUGGUACCUGACAGAGACUGUAAAGCUGUUGCUAUACGGACCACAAAUGCUCUCCUGGGAGACAUUUACAACAUCAAGACAGUUCUACAGGGAACCAGGCAAAAGCUGAACCUACUGCAGAAGCCGGAUGACCCUGACCUCAGGCUGUGGUACAGACGAUGGGAUAGGGAGGUAACUCUGAGUCAGAGUACAGAUACCACCAUGUCAACAGACAGCUCCACAGAGCUACCUAAUGCUUCAGCCAAUGGCAUGGAGGAGUCCAUGGAUACUAGUGACUGUAAAGGGUUUGCCUCUGAACACUCCUACAGCGUGUCUAAUGCUCUGACAUUCCCACAACCUCCAUGUGAGCUCCCACAAAGGUCAUCCACCCCUUCUGUGGAGAACCAGGCUGGCCAGGCUGAACUGUUGUCGGGGGGAGGGUCAGAUGUGGGCAGUAAUGUGCACAAAGAAGCAGAGGAAACAAUGGAGGCAGAUGCAAUUAUGAGUGUAGAAAUAGGCAGCAUGGAGGCUGCCUCCCCAGAGCAUCAAACCAGUGGUGUAACUCAGGGCUCUGACUACGGGGAUGUUAGGAGUGAUGACCAGUCCGAGGUACCACCCUCCAGUGACACACUCCAGGCCACUGCCCAGUCCACAGUACAGACCACAGAUACGCCCACAGACCAGCUAGCUAGUGGCUCUGGCUGGGAGGUGGCACCAGAAAUAGCAGAACACAACUAUCAAAAGUCUGGUAUCGGAGGCACACCUGCUGUUAAUCAGACAAUGGAUGAAGCUUAUGGUACCACAGAUAUGGUUGGACAGGAAGAUGAUGUAACUGGUUCCGUGGUUGGUCCAUGCAGCCAAGACGUGCUUGGGGAGACAGAACAGUUGAUGGAGUUGAUGGCAGCUGCUGAUCCAGUAAGACAAUGCAAGGAUAACCUGCUGGAGCACAUAGAGGGACUACAGCUGGAGAUCUGUCACAGACUCGACUCCAUAGAAGAUCAUGUCUCAGCCCUGGAAAGUGUGGAUGCAGAUCCUGUUGCUGAUGGAAACAUUUUAGCAGACAUGCCUGUGUUGAAGAAAUCUCUCAAAGCUUUAAUUGGAGACUUGGGUAAAGUGAAACGCCUGGCUGCCUUCGGCAUGUGAUCUGAUCUCGUUAAUUAUGUUUACAUAUGGACAUUUUGAAGUACAGACAUCAUGCUGUAAAAGGAGAUUCUUGCUAUCAUGUGCAUAUAUAUGCAUCCACAAUUGUGCCAGUUCUGUGUGGCUGAGACAAUGCUUUGUGCAUAACUUCAGAUUGUGCCAGUGCUGUGUGGCUGAGACAAGGCUUUGUACAUAACUUCAGAUUGUGCCAGUGCUGUGUCGCUGAGACAGUGCUUUGUGGAUAACUUCAGAUUGUGCCAGUGCUGUCGCUGAGACAAUGCUUUGUGCAUAACUUCAGAAAGUAGCAGCAUUCUCAAUGUAUGGACUUGAAUAUAAACAUCAUGAAACUAAGUGUUGAACAGAUGCUUUAAUGUAACUAUUUCGAAGGCUUGAGAUAAAGUUCCUCCAUGAUUCGUUGAAACAAGGAGUCAUGUUUGUAUACAUGUGUCAUGCACAAUAAACCUCAUUACCAAU